AUGGCACCAAUCACUUCUCUCCUCACCCUGAGUCUUCUCACCAUCGACUCUCUAGCCCAUCCAGGUCACAACGUGGCCGAAGAGGCGGCAGAGCGUGCAGAGUUCUUCAGAUCUCUCAAGCCUCGCAGUGUCCGCUCUUGCGCCAACGAGCUGAAGCGCCGCGGCCACAUCGAGCAGUCACUUGCCCGCCGUCAAGCCUUUGCUAAGCACGCUCGUGCAAAGCGUGGCCUUGCGACUGACAAGCCUCUCGUCCGCCGUGACUUUGCCGACUACAACAUCUCCCAUGCUUCCACUUCAGGAGUCAAGUUUGGUGAUGAUGAGACGCUUCUGUUCCAAGACAACUCAAGCUGCAUCCUUCAGCCAGAGGUCACUCAAGGCCCUUACUAUAUCGAUGGCGAACUGAUUCGCAACGAUAUGUCCGAGGACCAAGAAGGUGUCCCUCUUUUCCUCGACGUCCAGUUCAUCGACACGUCCGACUGCUCUCCCGCCCCAGCCGUCUACGUCGACGCCUGGCACUGCAACGCUACAGGAGUCUACUCCGGCGUAGCAGCAUCCGGCAACGGCAACUCCGACGACACCACUAACCUUGACAACACCUUCCUCCGCGGUCUGCAGCAAACAGACGUCAACGGAGUCGUUCAAUUCGAAAGUAUCGUCCCAGGUCACUACACCGGUCGCGCACCACACAUCCACGUCUUGACCCACAACGUCAACUCGACCAUCAUCCGCUCCAACGGCACCCUCCUCGCCGGCUACGGAAACUUCACCGCACACGCUUCCCACGUCGGUCAGAUCUUCUUCGACCAAUCUCUCAUUUCCGAAGUCGAGACCACAGAGCCAUAUGCUAGCAACACGCAAGAGUUGACACUCAACUCCGAGGAUAGCAUUCUCGGCGAGGAAGCAGCGGAUAUGGAUCCUUUUGUCGAGUACGUUCUCAUUGGAGACUCGAUCGAAGAUGGAAUUCUGGCUUGGAUCUCGCUCGGAAUCGAUACGAGCAGUGAUCAGGAGAUUACUUCGGCUGGUACACACUACAAGGAGGGUGGUGUUGCGAAUGAGAACUCCGGAAUGGGUGGUCCAGGAGGCUCUGGUGGUCCAGGUGGCAACGGCACUGCUCCUUCUGGUGCGCCGCCAAGUGGUGCUGCGCCUUCUGGAGUUUAG